AUGCCUGUGGAAGGAGGGAAAACUGAUAUGGAGAGGAUUGGCCUCUUCAGUGAGAUGGAAUAUAUUACUGUGGGCGAUAAAUAUGUGUCACAGUUUAAUCGACCCUUUAAUGAAGCUGCAAGCAAAAAUAAACAGAUUCUACCUGGGGGAUCCAAAGAAAUGUCCAAUCUCCAGGCAGGUUAUUUUGAUCCCCAUUUUGUAAGGAUUUUUGAAGGUGAAGGCUAUGUCAAUCCAAAUCAAGUGAGGAGACGGCACAUGAUAGAAGAAGCCAAAAAAAAUCUAAGCAAAGCCUUCCUCCCUAGCAGUGGAGAGAAAAAACCCUGUGGAUUAGGAAGUUACUAUGGAACCAUAGGUGGACCAGUCCCAUUUUUCAGUGCACAGUCUAAACCCAAAGAAAAAUAUGAGCCACCUGGAAAGAAUUUAUACACAAACCCAGGAAAGAAAGGAACUGGAUAUGGCUAUGCAAAUAUUACCAUAGGUAAGCAGUUUUCACACUCUUCUGAUCUCUAUGAUGCGGCAAAACUAAUUAACAAGAAAGAGAAUGAAGAACACCAUCGUUUACUCAAAGGGACAGCUUUCAAAUUAAAUCUUUACCCAAGGGAAUAUUUUGAUGCCAAUCCUUACAUGUCUGAGGAACCUUUACCACCAAUUAAAAAAGUAGAGAAGAAAGAAAUAGUUGGAAACCCUUUUAAGCCCUCUUCUCCUGGUAAAAAGGCUGGUGGAAUGAAGGCAGGAACAUUUGAUCCUUACCCUUCACAUUCUGUUGACCCUUACAUGGUUAAAUUGAAAGGCCCAUCCGGCAAAAGUGCUAAGGUUUUCCAUCCACCAGGUGGACCAAAAAGCAGACCAGUUGAAAGCAUAAUGGCUUUGACCGUCAAAAGGGCACUAAAUACGAAGAACUACAAGACUGCUUCAGUACAGUCCUACUAA